AUGCUGAAUCGGCCGAAUACGGAUCAGCUCACGCGGCUCAUCAAGCUAAACACCAUCAAUGCCUUGACAGCCAACGCUUCCAUACUCAACCUACCCGUCGACUGGCUUGUAUGCAACGCCAUGUCGCCAUUCGGACUGGUUGGACCACCACCAUCGCCGACGACAGAAGAGGCCAGGCCCUUUGCCGGCCCAGCGUCGUUGGUCCCCACGGUGCUCCAGCGGCGCAUCCCGCACCGCCCCUGGACCAACCUGUUCCCGCUGGCCCGGAUGCGCAACAGCUGGCUGCCGGCCAUCCACGUCUCCUCGUUCCUAGCCGAGGACGAGGAGGUGCAGCUCUGGACGACCUGGCGGCCAGGGCUUGGCUGUCUGGGGCGAAGCGUUGGAUCCGCGUAG